GGGAAACAGGUUGGAUGUGCCGUCACUGAAACCCUCAAUGAGGAGGUAUGGUGUAGCGUACUUACAGUACAAUAGUGCUUCCUCCACUAUUACAGAUGUGGAUACAUGCACGAUCGAUUCUUGCGGAAUGGCGAGUACAGGGUCGUCUGUGCCGAUUACCCCCCGCGGUCCGAUAAGCGUUCUCCCACAGUUCUCAUUUCCUUUACCUCCUUUGCUAUGCCCGGUAUCCCAUAGCCCAAUCCAAUUUCAUGACCAUACCGUGGGUUACAAGGUAUUGAUGGAAAGCGAUCGAGUCUCCCGUUAUGAACUCUGUGAAACUUGUGUCAGUCCGUGCAAUGCUCAGCACACAAAUGAAGGCAUGGCAGCAACCUCACAAGCUUUGAAUUUAAUGGAGGACUUUUGGACUCGUUAUCAAGGAAAGCUGGUUGGGUCUUCAAGCAGCUUGUUAGAGCCUUUUUCUUCAAGUCACCCACAAUGCGUCGAGGAUUUCUUUGCCUCGCGGAACGUGAUCAUGGUAGACGAAUUUGGGGCAGCUUUUGACGAUUUGGGGUUUCCAAGUAACUCGGUGCAAGGUCUUCAAUCCCGUGCGUCUGUGUCAUUGCCAAGUCCUAGUAAUCUUAAAAGGAGACAAGCCAAACGUAGUCCCACUUACCCUUUACGCAACGUCACCGCGAACCACUUCUCGCACGAGCACACGCAGCAGCAGCCUAAACGUGGGAAAUUUUGGGCUACUGUCAAGGAUCUAAUAACCCGGGGACGUUGCACAGGCGCGGACUCACAGGAUGUCGCUUUCAGUGACGUUUGGACCGAUCAACUUGUGAUAAGCGAUGAGGGACGUCCAUCACUGGAAAUCCGACCUCUAAUGAAGCAUGAACGACUAUUGGGAAUGGUGGAAGCAGGUGGUCACUACUUUGAUGUGGAGACAGCACUUCGAAGGAGUCCGCUUAGGAUCACAAUGCUGGGCAAGCGUGCCUAUAGAUCUUUACCUCUGCCGCAUCUGAUGGUUUGACAAACGCUUUUACCUAUUCAUACAGACUCGUCUGGUCCUCAAAAGACCGCAAAAAUGGAUCGGACAAUGGACGUGUAGCUCAGCAUAGCACAUUAUAAUACGCAUUAGAGUUAGUUUUUUAGCAGUGAAAGUCGAAAUAGAAAAAAUGGUGGUUUAGAAC